AUUUGUGUCUAGUUUCUUUUCAAGGUUACAGGUGUAGUUGCUGUUCGGUAUGAUUGACUUGAAUACCAAUGGACAGGCUAUUUGUACAUCAGUUAAUUGUGUUCUGGAAGGAAAAUGGUCAUGGGUAAUCUUUGGUUAUAUGGGAUUAACCCAUACACUAGACGUUAAAAAUCAAGGUCAUGAUUUGAAUCAGUUUCUAAAUGAGUUCUCUCCUGGAAAAGUUCUUUAUGGUUUUAUUCGUGUUGAAUCUAUGACACCUGCAAAAUUUGUAUUGAUUGUAUGGCAAGGAGAGGCGUCGUCUGAGAGCUUCAAAAUAGCUUGUGCUAGACAUAUUGACUGUGUGAAACGGUUAUGCCGAACAGUCCAUGUUACGAUCAACGCAAGAACUGAAGCAGAUUUAGAUUGGAACGAAAUUAUUAUCAAACUUCAAAAUCUAACAGGAAGUAUCUCUAAAUCUCGACCGUCCAUUGGUUAUAAACCAGAUGAUGAAGUUAUACCUACAGGCUCUGUGUAUGUACGUGCAAAUCCAAACAUAGAUAUUCCAAAAGGUUGUGUAUCACAAAGUAUUUGGCAGUCACAGCAACAAAAACAACAGAAUUCACCAAAAUUAGUAUCUCCUGUCGAAUCAAAACCCGGUAAUUUUGUUCGACCUGUCUGUGAACCAGAGAUAAAUCACAAUCAUCUACAGUCUGAAAAUGAAUCACAGAAUGCAGUCAAGCAAAUAGCACCCGAUGAAAUGACUAAUACUGUUAAAAGUCGUAUCAGAGCUUUAGAAUCCAAGAUGCCAUUAAAUGAAACGACUUCAAGUUAUAGAAAAGUUGAUCCACGUGCAGAAAUUAUGCUUGCAAAACAAUUGUCAUCUCUAAAUGGUAAAGAUGAUGAUGAAGACGAUGCUAAUCCUGUGGGCACAAAUUAUAAGAAGCUAGAUCCAAAAUCUGAAAUUAUGGCAGCUCGUGCAUGUAAACAAUCUGAAGAAUAUACAUUCAUUAGCAAUAAACCUUUUGGUAAUCAUCAAAAACAACCAGACGUUCAAUCAGAAAUUCCUGCUGUCAAAGCCACAACUAAUUCGAAUUCGUUAUCAUCAACAUAUAAAAAGUCUGAUGAUGUUAUGAAUAAUAGUUCAACUAGUGAAGAUUUCUCACCCCAUCAAAAUGGUCAUCAUGAUCAUCAUCAGUCGUCUGCAGGACAGACCAAACAACAAACACUACAACCGCUUUCCCUGGCACCGUUAGCACAUAUUUCAAAUAAUCAAUUCCAUUCUGACCUUAAUCAACAGUCAAAUAACACUAACAAUGGCCAGUAUUAUCAAAACCACAAUUUAUCAACUAAUUCAAUGCAUGAACAAGACUCAUCACCAAGUUAUAAUAUAUCGCCUAGCAUGAAUUCACAUGAAAAAACAGGAGAAAAAUCAAAUCUUAAAGCUAUUUGUCUUUAUGAUUAUACUGCUAAUGAAGAGGAUGAAUUAUCUUUUCGUUAUGGUGAACAAAUAGUAGAAAUUGAACAAGUCGAUGAAGGUUGGUGGCUUGGUCGAAAUGCUGAUAAUCAAUAUGGAUUAUUUCCAUCGAAUUAUGUUGAGCUAUUAGAUGAUGAUACUACCGAUCAUUAGUAGAGAAAAUAUUAAUGUUGUUAAUCUUUUUCUUUUUCUUUUUUUUUUGUUGUUGAUAGUUGUUCUGUGAAAAACAUUAUGCGAAUGCACUUUUUUCUUUUCUAUUUGUUGAUUUUAUUGAUUUUUAUUCAAAUAAUGUUGUCACAUGAUGCACGCAAUUUUUCAUUCGUUUGAACAUAAAUUCAACAAAGUAUGGAACAUGUUUUCUUUUUUUUUCUUUUUUCGUUUCCACCGAGUUAUCUUUCUCAUUUGUAUCACUAUUGAAUACUUGAACAGUCACUGAUGACUGAAUUAACCUUAUACACAUCAAUGAAGUAAUGCUUACAACGGAUACACCAUCCAAACACAUAGAUCACAAACUUACAUUUUUGAAUUUUGACUUUUUUUUUAAAUUUAUUCAAUUAUUAACUUUUAUUUAUUUGUUUAUUAUUUUGCUUUAUCCUUCUAUGAACUGUGGUUUUUUUUUGCAAAAAAUUUCUUUUUCUCUUUCUAGAGUACUAAGUAAACUUUUUUUGUUCUCUAUUUUGAUAUUGCACAUGGUUAUUUCUAGGCAUUGUUUUGCUGCAUGUGAAGGUUUCUCAGUGAUAUGAAAGACUACUCAAUGGAUAACAAACGAAACAUUCACUUAAAAUAAAAUCUCAUUUCUUUGCAUUGUAUUUCAGUUGUUUUUUUUUAUUAUUAUUUACUUGUUAUUUACUGUUUACUUGUGUACACAUGUUUAUGAUCAAAAGAAAAAGAAUUUAUUAACAAACUACCACCAACUUUAGUGCUGUUUUGUUGUUAUUGUUGUUUGAAACAUUUUCACUAGCUAUGGAAUUUUUUUUUCAUUUUUUAAGUGAUCACAUCAUCUCAUUCAUCUAUGGAACAAUUUCAAUCGUCAAUUAUUAUCAUUUUAAUAAUUAAGCAAGAAAAAUAUUUGAAUUCUUUUAAUUAUCACAUGAAUUAAUUUGAAUCUUUUUAUGAAUUACUUUGUUUCUCGAGUAAUAUAGGAAAAUAUUUUACCCCGAUAUAUAGAUAUUUAUAUGCAUGUGUAUA